AUGGAAACUCUAUGCUUGUUGCACAUUCUGCUAGCUUGGUAUCUGUCAAGUUUUGAGCUUGUUGGUGCUGAGCUUCAGGAGCAAGCUAUAUUACAGGCCAUCAACCAAGAGCUUAGAGUCCCUGGAUGGGGGGAUGCAAACAACUCAGAUUACUGCACUUGGCAAGGUGUCAACUGUGGUAACCACUCAAUGGUGGAGGGCUUGGAUCUGUCUCACCGGAAUCUUCGAGGUAAUGUAACUUUAAUGUCUGACCUCAAAGCAUUGAAGCGGCUUGAUCUUUCAAAUAAUAACUUUGAUGGAUUGAUUCCUCCUGCUUUUGGAAAUUUAUCUGAUCUUGAAGUUCUAGAUUUGUCUUCAAAUAAGUUCCAAGGUUCAAUUCCACCUCAGUUGGGUGGUCUCAGAAACCUCAAAUCAUUGAACCUUUCCAAUAAUGUGCUUGUGGGAGAAAUACCAAUGGAACUUCAGGGCUUAGAGAAAUUGCAAGAUUUUCAAAUUUCUAGUAAUCAUUUGAGUGGUCUUAUACCUUUCUGGGUGGGAAAUUUAACCAAUCUGAGGCUUUUCACUGCUUAUGAGAACCGUUUAGAUGGUAGAAUUCCAGAUGAUCUAGGCACCAUUUCUGAGCUUCAAAUACUUAACUUGCACUCUAACCAGCUUGAAGGUCCAAUACCAGCCAGCAUUUUCGUUCCGGGGAAGCUAGAAGUUCUGGUUCUCACCCAGAAUAAUUUUAGUGGUGAACUUCCAAAGGAAAUUGGGAAUUGCAAAGCCCUUUCCAGCGUUAGAAUUGGAAACAACCAUCUAAUAGGUAGCAUUCCUAAGACAAUUGGAAAUCUUAGUAGCCUAACCUACUUCGAAGCUGAUAAUAAUAAUCUUUCUGGUGAGCUUGUGUCUGAAUUCGCUCAGUGUUCUAAUCUUACCCUCUUGAAUUUGGCUUCAAAUGGAUUUACUGGAACAAUUCCACAAGACUUUGGACAACUCAUGAAUCUUCAGGAAUUAAUUCUUUCUGGAAAUAGCCUAUUUGGCGAUAUUCCAAUAUCUAUUCUGAGUUGCAAAAGUCUUAACAAGCUUGAUAUUAGUAACAACAGAUUCAAUGGGACAAUACCAAAUGACAUCUGCAAUAUCACUCGGCUGCAGUACUUGCUGUUGGAUCAGAAUUUCAUCAGAGGAGAGAUCCCCCAUGAAAUUGGAAAUUGUGCAAAACUACUUGAAUUACAAUUGGGCAGUAAUAUUUUGACUGGAAUUAUUCCUCCUGAAAUUGGUCGCAUUAGGAACAUACAGAUAGCUUUAAAUUUGAGCUUCAAUCAUCUUCAUGGACCACUGCCCCCUGAAUUGGGAAAACUGGACAAACUUGUUUCUCUGGAUGUUUCAAACAAUCGGCUAUCAGGUAAUAUCCCAUCUGAGCUUAAGGGAAUGUUGAGCUUGAUAGAGGUGAACUUCUCAAAUAAUUUGUUAGGAGGCCCAGUGCCAACAUUUGUACCAUUCCAGAAGAGUCCUAGUUCAAGCUUUUUGGGAAACAAAGGGCUUUGUGGAGAACCUUUGAACUCUUCAUGUGGAGACCUUUAUGAUGAUCACAAGGCUUACCAUCACCGGGUUUCUUACCGAAUCAUACUAGCUGUAAUUGGUUCUGGUUUGGCUGUUUUUAUGUCAGUAACUAUUGUUGUCUUGCUGUUCAUGAUCAGAGAGAGGCAAGAAAAAGUAGCCAAAGAUGCUGGGAUUGUUGAUGAUAGUACCAAUGACAACCCAACUAUAAUUGCAGGGACUGUUUUUGUUGAAAAUCUCAGACAAGCAGUAGACCUUGAUGCUGUUGUUAAAGCAACUCUGAAAGAAUCUAAUAAGCUCAGCAGUGGAACUUUCAGCACAGUUUACAAGGCAAUCAUGCCUUCUGGGGUGGUCUUAUCUGUUAGGAGAUUGAAGUCUGUAGACAAGACAAUAAUCCACCACCAGAACAAGAUGAUUAGAGAACUUGAGAGACUGAGCAAAGUUUGUCAUGAUAAUCUUGUGCGUCCCAUUGGCUAUGUCAUUUAUGAAGAUGUUGCUCUUCUCUUGCAUCAUUAUUUUCCAAAUGGAACAUUGGCUCAGCUUCUUCAUGAAUCUACCAGGAAGCCUGAAUAUCAACCUGACUGGCCUUCUAGAUUAUCCGUUGCUAUUGGUGUGGCAGAAGGUUUGACUUUCCUUCAUCAUGUGGCGAUCAUCCAUCUUGACAUUUCUUCUGGCAAUGUUUUUUUGGAUGCAAAUUUCAAGCCGUUAGUUGGGGAGAUAGAGAUUUCAAAACUUCUGGAUCCAACCAAAGGCACUGCAAGUAUUAGUGCAGUUGCUGGUUCCUUUGGUUAUAUACCACCAGAAUAUGCAUAUACUAUGCAAGUGACAGCACCAGGAAAUGUUUAUAGCUACGGUGUUGUUCUGUUGGAGAUUCUCACAACUAGACUACCAGUUGAUGAGGAUUUUGGUGAAGGUGUAGAUUUGGUGAAAUGGGUACACAGUGCUCCUGUAAGAGGGGAAACUCCAGAGCAGAUAUUGGAUGCCAGGCUUAGCACAGUUUCCUUUGGUUGGAGGAAAGAAAUGCUUGCUGCUUUGAAGGUUGCAUUGCUGUGCACUGACAACACACCAGCCAAACGACCGAAAAUGAAGAAUGUAGUGGAAAUGCUUCGAGAGAUAAAACAAAACUGA